AUGUAAAAAUAUUUUAAUAAAAAAUCAAAAAGUCCCUUUUUAAAUGAUAGAUCACCUAAAAUUGGAAAUUCAAUAACCAAGGAUUAAUCAAUCAAUAAUGAAAACAUAACCAGAGAAUAAACAAUAGAAAAAUUAAUAUUAUAAUUAGAUUUAAUCAGAAGAAAACAUGAAUAAGAAAAAAGGGAAAUGAUUGAUGCAUUCAACCUUUAAAUUUAAACAAAAAUUAAGCAACAUUAAAUAUUGGAAAAUGAGUAUCAACAGAAAAAUUAACUUUUAGAAUAAUUACUAUUUUAGGAAUAAUCAAAAACAAUUCAUCUAACAAGAAUAUUUUAAGAAAAAUAAAAAGUGAAUUCAAUUCCAGACAAAGAUUAAUUACGAAACAAAUAAUAAUUAUCUGAAGCAUCAUAAGAUUCAUAACGAAAUAAUACCAAAGCUAUAACUAAAUAAACACCAAAAGAUAAUUCAGUUAAACAACUUCUUGAAAUAAUUAACAACAUUUAAUCAAAUGUAGUUCGACAUUCAAAAAUAAAAAGGCUUAAUAUAAAUUGGAUAGAUUAUGAAAUUCUCGAAACUGAUUUAUCUAAACAAAAAGAUUUCUCUAAAUCUUUACCUAAAAUUAAUUAAAUCUUUGAUAAAUUCUUUGGUAUUAUUAAUGAUAACUCUCCUCCAUAACUUUCACCUUACAGAGUUGGGAAUACUCCAAAUUAUUAAUAAUCUAUUGAUAAAUCUGUUACAUUUGAUAAAUAAUAAGCAAAAGCUAAAUUUCGCAAUACUGAUACCUAAACAAUAAAUAUAAUUACUAAAAUUCAUAAAAUUGUUUAAACCGAGUUAAGCACUUAACUUAUAUAAACAGAUUAAAUUGAGUAGAACAAAAUUAAACAAGAAAUUAAAUCGGAAGAACAAAUAAAUAAGAAAUAAAUAUUAGAAGUUAAUUAAUAUACUUCAACUUCGGAAUUGAUAAAGUCUAAAGAUUAAGAAUAACAAACUCAAUAAAUUGAGCCUUAAUUCUAAGUUUGUAAGAGUAUUUAAAUGAGUUUUAGAAAUUAAAUAGAUUAGGUAAAGGCAAAAUAGAUUUCUAUAGAGAUCUAAACAGACCCUAUUGAAAGAGAACCUAUUAUAUAGCAAAUGGAAUCAAUAAAACAUAUUUCGAAAAUUACAGAGAAGGAAGAAGAAUAUGAAGAAGAAUAAAAUAAUGAAAUAGAAAAACUUAAUAUUAAAUAGAAUGAAAACGAUAGCGAAUCAAUUUUUGAUUGUAAUAAACCAGAUUAUGAUUCUGUAAUUGAGCAUCAUGAAGAAUUAGUUGAUUUAAGAAGAGAGUGUUAGGAGAAAAAUAAUAAGAUUAUCAAUUUAGAAAUGACUUUACAACAGAUUCUUAAAUAAUAAGGGUUGUUUCAAUUUGACAAUUUAAUAACUAGCGAAUAACACUGUUUAUAGGAAUUAUCAUCAAAUAAAUGGUUAAUAAAAUUAAAAGAUCAUUAAGCAUUAUAAAAAUAGACUAUUGGAAUUUUAAGCUAAGAUUUAAAUAUUAUAAAAAAUACUUUAAGAGCAAUUUUUGAGGAAGAAUUAGAAAUAUGUUUGGAAAUAAAUUAAUUUGCAGUGUAGUAUUAUGAUGAUGGUUUUUUGGAUAACUAUAAGUUAGAUAUUAUGAUAAAAUAAUUAUCAUUUCCUGAAAAGAUUAUCGCAAAUUCAAAAAUUAAUUUUGAGAGAUAAUAAUUUUAAAAGUUUUGGAUUGACUUUAUGAUUGCUCAUUGUAGUGUAUUUGUUUAUCUCUGCAAAAAUUGCAAUGAAGACGAUUUAAAAAUAAUUGAUUACUUAAAACAAAAUAAUAAAAAGUUAAUAAUAAUAACAUUUAAAGAUUUAAAGAUCGAGAAUUUUAACAUUUAUAAUAAUUAUAAAUAAAAUAUAGAUUAUUAAAUUGUAUAGAUUUAAGAAAACAAGAAUAUUUUAUCAUCAGUUUGGAAAGAAAUUCUCUAAAGUGAUUGGGAUUGGGUGGAUGUCGAGGAUUCAAUAUUGGUAUAAUUGUAAUCUCAUAUAUAAAAUACAAUUGGAAAAGAGGACUGCAUUUAAUUACAGAUAAAAGAAGAUGGAAUUUUUGAAAUGUCUGUGAUAAAUGAUGAAUUAAAUUAUGAUUCUUUAUAAUUGUUUCCAUACAUCAAAAGCAAAGAAUAAUUAGGGGAUUAAAUUUAGGUUUAGGUUGAAUUAUAGGAAUUCAAUCAGAUUAAAGAAGUAAAGUGCAUUGAUACUUAAUUAUUAAUCGUAAUUGAUUCAUACAUACUACUAGAAUAAAUGGAUUGUAAAAUUAGAUUACAUUCGAUAGAUGACAAUAAAAUACUUUUAUCUAUAAUAAAAUGA